AUGCGCGCGAGCUCUCCACUCUCCAUCAUAUCAUCAUCAUAUCAUAUCCCGUGUCGCCCAACCGUCCGUUCCCCACGUCCGGCGACGACCCGCAGGACCCUCGGGCGACAAUGCGACAACCAUAACACGAGCUUUUAUAAAAAUACCGAGUGCGAUAAAAAUAGCAGUCGCACGUCGGCCAUCACCGGUGGAAAUCCAAGCGGCGCGGCGGCGGAUCGGAGCGAGCAGAGCCAGCGAUCGCGGCAGUCCGUCGGAAAAGUCGUGGCCGGCGAAUUUCCCGACUCGCUCGGUGGAUUUCCCGACAGUGUGUCUCCGUUGGACGGGCGCAGCGGAGGGUGUUUUGCCGAUGCGAACUGUUCCCUUUAUGGAUCUAAUGCGGCAUUGCCGAAGGUGACGCAAAUGUUCAAGGUUUCAUGGCACCGUAGGAACGGCUCGCGGCAAACCGGAUCGCGAACGCCAUGCUGA